AUGUUUGUCUCCCCUCCCCCAACCAUAGCACCCGGCGAUGCAGUGAAUAACCCGAUUUCGCAAGUUGCCCGCUGCCCGCGUACCGGGCGGAUCGAGUGCGAAUUCUUCCUCACAGAAGUAGACGAGCCCCAGGCGAGGCUGGACAAGACGGCCGACGAGCCUCCGGCGGCGCCGCAAACGCCCGUCUCGCAGCGCACCACGCAGACGAUGGCGGCGACGCCAAUCACCGACGGACGCUCCCGCGGCAACUUGUUUGGCAGCGGCGGCAGCGGCGGAGGACGGCGUGUGGCUAACCUCAACGAAUCGCCCUCUGCUUCUCGCUUUGCGAAUCCGGAUGGGGGCAGCGACGAUGACUUGGCCAAGGCGGUGGUGGAGCUGCUGCGAGAGGAGGGCAUCGUGCUGAAGCGAUCUACCGAGUCGCGCCUCCGACAUGCGAUUGGCGACCGCGUCGCACAGCAUGGAGCGGCGCUGGAAAAUGCUGAUAUUAGCCUGGAGUUUGCGUAUCAGAAGCUUCGGGAGCUGGAACCGUGA